GUUUGUAAGAAAAUACUCCGUAGGGUGAUACUCCGUAAGUCCGAAAAAAUUUGGCUCAGGACUAGUACUCACAGAAUAGUCUGGACUAUUUCAGGCAAUUCUUCUAGUUUAUGUACUAUCUGAGGGAUUGAUUAGAUGCAGCAGUGAACCUAAAGAUGGAAGAUGGAAAUGGAGCUCAGAUAUAUCACGAGAGACAGAGGUUACAAUUCUGCCUCUUACACUCCCUCAAUAAUCUAUUUCAGAGGGAAGCAUUUACUAGAGCUGAUUUGGAUUCCAUUUCCGAAAGACUGGAUAUUGAUGAUCCAAACAAGGGAAGAUGGUCACCAAGUUCUGUGGUUUUUAAGCAUCAUCAUAAUGUUAUCACAGGGAAUUAUGACAUAAAUGUUUUGAUUGCUGCACUUGAAGGAAAAGGGAAGGGUGUAGUUUGGCAUGACCGGCGAAUGGGAGCUUCCGCUAUUGAACUUGGUGGUGAAAUUAUGGGUAUUAUAGUAAAUGUACCUGUCAGAAGGUUUGCUGGCCUGUGGAGGUCCAGGCAUUGGAUUGCAUUGAGAAGAAUUGAGGGGGUUUGGUAUAAUUUGGACAGCGAUUUUUCUGCUCCAUAUGCUUUUGAAGAUAUAGAAGAAGUUAGGAAGUUUUUGGAUGGAAGAAUUGCUUCUGGCGCUGAAAUUUUACUGGUUAGUGAUGAAAAACAGUGAUGAGACUUUGAAUCUUUUACUCCGUAUGAAGUAUGUAUCUUUUCGGAAAUUGUGGACUGCGAUUUCAUGUACAUAUUCUUCUGUAUGAGAUGCUGAUGCUUAUUUGUUUAUGUUUUCCCUUCUAUGCAGCAAAAGCAAGUUUGCUACCUGCUAAGUGAGUAUGCAGUAUGAUAUUAGUUCCUGUUUGAAGCUUUACACGUAUUAUUUUUUCUCUUUUCAGCUAGGUAGAAUGGUAGAUGAUCCACAAAACAGUAACUUACUUGACUAUGUGUUGAUUAAUAUUGGAG